AUGGAGAUAGGCAGAGUUUCGCAGCAUCGGAAGGCCAAGAGCCGCUCCUCAGUCGGAGUGUGCCCUGCAGGGUUCUGCUGCUCUCAAAGUGGUUUCUGUGGGCAGAGUCGUAGCCACUGCGACGUCCCUCAAUGCCAGUUUGGUGAUGGCCGGGCCUGCGACAAGAACGCACGCCCAGAGUUCCAUUCUACCGAUCAUCGAAAUUUGGCACGGGCUGUACCUUAUGGUUGGAUCACCACUUGUACACAAGAAAACACGCUUGCCCUUACCUUUGACGAUGGCCCGAAUAUUUGGACCGCCGAUCUGCUGAAUAUCUUGGACUCGUACAACGCGAAGGCCACCUUCUUCCUCACUGGGGACAAUCAACCACAGGGACCGAUGGAUAACCCCUCGUCGCAAUGGCCGGCCCUGAUCCAACGAGUCCAUCAAGCUGGACACCAGAUUGCCUCUCAUACGUGGACCCACCCGGACCUCAACACGCUUUCCCAAGAGGGACGAAAGACUGAAAUGAUACAAGUCGAAGGUGCACUUUUGGGUAUACUCGGAUUCUAUCCGACUUAUAUGAGGCCUCCUUUCCUCGAGUGUAAUGAUGCGUGCCUGAGCGACAUGCAAAGUCUUGGCUACCGCGUCAUUGGAACCGAUGUUGACACGAAAGAUUUCCUGUAUCUCACCCCGGACGAGAUCCAUUUCGCAAAGGAGCGUUUCGAUGAUGCCCUCCAUGCAAAAGGGAUCGUCCUAUCCCACGACACGUUAGAUCAGACAGUGCACAGCUUGGCCAAAUACAUGCUUGAAAAAGCUCGCCAACAUAACUUGAAGGUUGUCACGGUCGGCGAGUGCUUGGGGGACCCUCGAGAGAACUGGUAUUCAACCAACCCCGUGCGCCUGAUAGCUAGCUAA